AUGCACCAAUGCAAUCAUGAUUUGGUAGUUCUCAUCCUUUAUGAUUUUCUCAGUCAGCAUCAUCACAAUGAUCAUUAUUUGUAUUCGAAUUUGAAGAAACGAUUCGAAAAUCAAAGCAAGGGAAAAUACAAAUGGUUGAUCAAUCGAUUUACUAUUCUAAACUUCAUUCCGAUCGAAUACUCGAAGGACAAACAAUAUAUCAUGCAAUUCCUUGAUGAUUUCCAUGAUCGGAACAAACAUUCGAAUAAUGAUGCAGAUCGAUUGUGGGAGAAUAUUCAUCCACAAUUAUUGGAAAAUGAUUUUGAAAUUGUGGAGAAAGUUUUCAGAAUUUGUAAACCUGAUUCGUGGCAAACAGUUGCAACCUUGAGAAAUCUUUAUCAAAUUCAUAAGAAGAGUUUCGUCUUGCAAAUUGUACGAAAGGAUGGAUUAGCAUUGAAGGAGUUGAAGAAUUUCAAUGAUGAUCGAAAUGUUGUUUUGGAAUCUAUCAAGAAUAAUGAAAAGGCUAUUAGUUUUGUAAAUAAGGAAUUGAUGAAGAAUAGAGAGUUUAUAUUCGAAUGUGUUCGAAACAAUGGACUGAUUUUACCUCUUCUCUCAAAUCACUAUCAAUACGAUCGACAAGUUGCCCUUCAAGCCCUUUCGAAUAAUGCAACAGUUUUUAAAUUGGUAAAGGAGAAAUUAUGUCGUGAUAGAAAUUUUGUAAUGGAUGCAGUGAGAGAAAAUGGAAGAGUAAUGGAAUAUGUAAUUGAUUCUCAAUUUAGUAAGGAUAGAGAAAUUAUCUUGUUAGCUAUGAAGCAGAUAGCCAAUAAUUGUAAUGAAAAUUAUUCAUGGAGAAAGAUGGCAUUGACAUGUGUGAAACGAGGAGCUUAUUCGAUUGUUCUUAGAUUGGACGAAUGUGUGAAUGAUAUUGAGAUUGUUAUUGAAUCUAUUAGACAAAACGGAUUGGAAUGUAAUAGAAUUACAAAUGAACAAUCGGCAAUAUCAUUGCUUAAUAAGUUAUUCGAAAUUUUGGAAUGGCUUUCGAAAGAUUUGAAAAAUGACAAGUCAAUCCUCACAGAAAUAAUUUCACAUACUUUGAAGGUUGUUUCCCAUGCAGAAGGAGCGAAAUUAGCAAACUCUGGGCUUUCAGCAACUUUAUUUUCAUGCAUCAAUAAUUUAUUAGACGAAACCAAUGUGAAACAACACCAAGAUUUAGUUUUACAAAUUUUCAAAAUUAUCAGUUGUCUAAUUGACAGUUCACCAUUCAAUUCCAAACAACUCAUUUCCAGAAUUUGGAACAAAUCCUGGGAAACAGACAAUGAUUUCGUAUAUCAGAUAGUCGAAUCGAAUUAUCAAUUCUUUCAUCUCAUUACAAUGAAACAAAAGAAUGACAGAAUUUUCAUGUUAAAAAUAUUAAGGUUGUAUCCUCAAUGUCUGGAAGAUGCUUCAUUAUUUUUGAGGAAUAGUCGAUCGUUCAUGUUGGAAGCAAUUAAGGAAUGUCCGAUUGAGAUUUUCAGUGAAAUUGAAACCAUGUUGAUUGAGGAUAGAGAUUUUGCAUUGGAAACAGUUUCGUAUAAUGGAUAUUAUUUGGAAUAUUUCCCUGAUUUUUGGAAUGAUAGAGAGGUUGUUUUGAAAGCUGUGGAAAGUGAGGGAGAUGCACUGGAAUUUGUGUGUGAAGAUUUGGUUCAAGAUAGAGAAAUAGUCUUGACAGCUGUCAGAAAUCGUGGAUGCUCCCUUGAAUUUGCCUCUCCAAAAUUACAACAAGACAGACAAAUUGUAUUAGAAUCAGUCAAAAACGAUCCAGAAGUGUUGUCAUUCCAUUUCCUUAAUGAAAAUUUAAGAUCAGACAAGGAAAUUAUAUUGGCGGGUUUGAAAACCAAUUUCUUCUCCAUUCCAGACGAUUUGAAACGCAAAUUCAAGAAUGACAGGGAAUUUAUUUUGGAAGCUGUUAAGCAAUCUAUCAUUCCUUUGAAGCAUACAUGCUCCAUAUUGAAAGAUGAUUUGGAAAUAAUGAAAUUGGCUGUCAUGACCGAUCCAACUGUCAUUGAAUUAGCAUCCGAAAGGGUGAGAAAUUGUAAAGAAAUUGCCUUGAUAGUUGUUAGUUUGAGAGGUGACUUGUUAAAGUUUCUAUCAGUUGAAAUGCGAAAUGAUAGGGAUGUCGUUCUUGCAGCCAUUAGAAAUAAGGCAGAUUCGAUUUAUUUCGCCUCAAAUGACCUAAUCCAGGACAAUCUCUGUAUUUUAGAAGCUAUACGAAAUGGACUCUCAUGUUCAUUCUUUAUCACUCAUCAAGCUAGCAUCACUAUGGAUCUGGAAAUGGUUCUGGAAGCACUGAAACGAAACGAAUGUGGAAUAUGUGCCCUUCUAAAACAAUUACUUUCGCCACUAGUUGAAAUGAAAGAAGAAAUUGCCAUGAAAAGUGGAUUUUGCUGUGAAUUCAGUGAAGAAUUGUUUCAGAAACGAAUUUGUACAACCUAUCUUGAUGCUUGCUAUUUGAAAUGA